UGUUUGAUCAGUGUGUCAAGUGAAUUAAUGAUUCUAAAUUGUGAUCAUCAUGGUGAUUUAUUUAAUGAUUCAAUUCCCUUAGAUGGACACGAUUGAAGGUUGAUUUUCAAGCAAGAGAAUUGGGGAAAAAACAACAACAAAAGAAGGAGAAAAAAAUUGAUAUUCAUUUCCUUGUUUCCUCUUUUUUCUGAUACUUUUACUACCAAAUCGUCAUCAUCAUCAUCUCCACCAUCUCCAUCAUCUUUUUUUCAUCAUCUUCAUUGUUCUCUGAGUAUUUUCCCUCCAUUGGAACCAUGGUUAUGACAAGUUAACCCUUCCCUUUGUCAUUAACAUUAUAAAUUGUUAUCAUUUUUUUUUCUAUUCUCUAUUUUUCCAAACUUGUUCUCUAUUCCAAUCUUGAUAUAUUCCAAUAUUCUUAUGAUUUAGUUACUAUAUUUACAUUGAUCUGUGUUCUCUAACCAUCACAAUUUAACAAUCAUUAACUUGAUUAUCUUGUAAUUUUCUCCAUCAACUAAUCCUUUCCCUUUUCCAAAAUCACUUUUAGACCCACACUUAACCCAAUCUCUCUGCCUCUACUUACUAGUUAUCCUUUCACCAUUUUCACAACGAGUAAUUGUCAUCUUGAUUAUACAACAUUAAUCAUCAUCAUCAAGACCAUUAAUCAAUUGAUUGCGAAAAAAGAAACCAUCAGCUGAUAGUUAACAAAUUGACCAACAACAAAAACAACAACAACAACGAUCACCAAACAUCAUCACUCAUCCCAAUAGAGUAACAUUGUAACAAGAAAACAUCAACAAUCAAAUUGUUAACCAUUUAUAGUUGAAAUUAAUUCUCGCCCCCAAUCAAUUAGAUUUUAAAUUUCUAAUUUGAUUGUUGUCACUUCAAACUAAUGUUCUUUUCCCGCUUCCAACAACAUGACCAUGACAACUACACAAGCACAUGGAUUGUAAGGAAAAGCUUUUUGUUUACCAUUGGAAAAGAAAGAAAAGAAAGAGAAAAAUUGAACCAACACUCAAACCGGUUCCAUUUUUGUGGAUCAAAAACCUUCAGUGUUUAUUGUUGUUAUUAUUUAGAAGUUAAUCACUUCUAUCUAAUCAUUAAUUGAUUUGUGGUUUAAUUGUUUUAUCUAUUUAAUUUUUUCUUAUAUUCUAUUCUGGUGUUUCUCUUAUCCUCCCUCUUUCUUUUUCUUUCUUUUUUUCAUCUUCUCUUUUUAUCUCCAUUGUUUGGGUACCAUGGAUGUUGGUGCAUCUGAAGAUAAUAUUUUACCGGAUAAAUCUCGUAAUUAUACCAGUUUUGGUGUUGAUUCUAUUAAAUUAUUUGCCUCUUCCGUCAAUUCAAUUAACCCUAUUGAUGAUCAAGUAUUUGCUCAACUAUCAGAGGAUACGAGUUACCGUUUAAGGGAAUUGAUUGCUUCUUCAUUCCAAUAUACUCGACACUCCAAGAGAUUUAAAUUAACCUGUGAUGAUAUAAAUAAAGCUUUAAAAGUAGCUGAUUCUCAGUCAAUCUAUGGUUUCAAUGGAUCUCAAUCAACUAAAGAGAUUUAUAUUCCAGAGGCUGAAGUAUUUGUUACCGAAGAUAAAACAAUUGACCUGGUCAAGAUGUCAGAAUCAAUCAUUAGUAAAUCCUACAAGGUUAACCUUAUUGCUGAAAGUCCACAAUAUCGUAUCGAUUGGCUUAAUCCAACCGGUGGAAGUAGAUUAAUGAAAGAGUUUAAUCAACCUGGACCUGAUGAGAAACCAAGCCCAGAGUAUUUACAAUUAAUGAAAAUAUUCAAUUGUAUCUCCAAAGGAAUCAUUAGUCGGAAUAUUUUUCUCUUUCAUAAAACUUUAACUGGACUUACAAGCCACUCAAAUGUUCAACAUAUAUUAUCUUACCUGGUUAAAUUUAUCGCUAAUAAUGUUGCCAAGACCAGUGAUGGUAAAAUAGCCCGACAAUUAUUACUCUCAAUCAGAGCUUUAUCAAAAAAUAACUACUUACAAGUAACAAGUGAUAUUUAUGUUACUCCAUUGGUUAAAUCAGUUUUACAUUGUAUUCUGAGAGGUUCAUCUGAUAAUCUUUAUCCAUCACAACAACAACAACAACAACAACAACAAUCUCAACCACCGCCAUCAACAUCAACAUCUUCAUCAACAUUACUCACCUCAUCAUCAUCAUCAACAACAACAACAACAACCACAUCAUUCCCUUCAUUCAACGGUAACUCUACUACAACAACUGGAGAUGAUACAAAUUAUUCAAUCAAUUCCGAUCUUUGGAACUUAAAAUCUUUUGCUGCUUCCAUUUUAAUUGAUAUGUUCAAAGAAUGGUCAACAUCAUUUGUCCAUAACAAAUUUUACAAUCAAAUAAUCAGAGCUUUAAUUACUUGUAUUCGUGAUCCAUCUCAACCCUAUUCAUCUCAUUAUGGAGCCAUCGUUACCUUUAAUCGACUUGGUUUUGAUUGUAUUAUUAAUCAUUUAUAUCCCACCAUUGGAACUUAUUUAAAUCAAUUGUAUAGUAAUCAAAAUUCUGAUCGUUUGCUUUCAUCCAAUUCUCAUGAUAUAUUGGGCUGUCAACAAGUUAUCGGCGCUUGGAUUAAUUUGUCCCUAUUUUUGGUGCGAAAAUUUCGAGACAUGGCUCUUACCGAGAAUAACUUUCAAUCUCAACAUAUAGUUAAAGAAUUACUUAAUCAUUUUGGUGAUUCUCUGGCGAUUCAAUUACCAAUCGAUUUCCCGGAACCAGAAAAGGUUUAUAUUAAAAGGGCACCGGUUAAAGUAAAAGUACCAAUUAUUUCAGGGGAAGAGCUUCUGGAUGCUUUUUAUGAGACUAAUUCUCUUGGAAAAUAUGGAUUAACUGGUGAUCAUGGGGGUAAAAUAGUCUCAGAUGAUGAUGAUCUAAGAAGUAACAGUGAUUCGAUUGAUGGAAAAUCAAAUGAGAGUGAAAAAGAUUUCAAGAGACAUGAUGGAACUGACCUAUUGGUGGAAAGUACCAUUAGUGACCCUUCACUUGGUGUUAAAUUAACCAUAAAGAAAAUUCGCCGACAACGAAGGUCAAUCGAUGAACUGGACAGUUUGGCAGCUCAAGUAGAAGAAGCUAAAAGAAAACGGAAAAGGCCAAGAUUCCAAAAUUUCAUGGAUUCUUUUAGUGAAGAAAGUGAAAAUCUCUUAUUAGAACAAGUUAAAACCAAAGGUAAUUUAUAUUCUCAUCGGAUGAUUAAGAAAACAUUAUCUAUGCCAUUUGAAUCAACAUCUUGGUAUCUUAUAGCUAACAAGUUACCAUCAAUUGGAAAACAACGUAAAUCAAGUAAAUUGGAUAAUUGUGAUUCUCAUUGGAGAAGAAAAUUAUUCUCAUGUACAUUAAACACUAUUUUAUAAUUAAUUGAA